AUGGUUAUUGAUUAUAAUAAUAUGUAUAUUUCGAACGUUCUAUCGUCCACCGUUCGUUCAAUGUUCGAUCGUAUUUGUACAAGUAAUGCCGUUAUCAAAAGUCAACAAAGAAAUGAACCCGAUUUGACUUUGGACGAAAAAUAUUCUCUAUUAAAUGAAUUAUAUUUAUCAUCUCCAUCAAAAUUUUUAUAUCGUUAUGGCUUAUAUUUAAAUGCGGAAGAUUUGAAAUCAAAUUUUAAUGAAACAAUAGUAUCAGCGUCUGAUGAAAGUAUACAAAUAUAUAUGCAAGAGUUAUUAUCAACUAUUAAUAAACGUAAAAAAGUCGCAGCAAAUCGACGGUAUGUCUAUAUGCAACAAUUAUUAAAACAAGGCGUAUAUUUCAGCGAUGAAGAAAUGAAAACUCGUGAACCACUCUUAUUCGAACAAUUAAUUGAACAUUAUUCCGAUAAAAAAUCAACAAGAAAACCUACAUCUACUACUGGAGUAUUAUCCGAUUUUUUCAUGGAACAUUUAGAAAGCGUUCAUUAUAAUGAACGAGUUAAACAAGAAAAACAACAAGAAUAUAAUCUAAACGGAGAAUAUGAGCAAGAUAGUGAUAAUGAACAGUUAGAAAACGAUGACGACGAUGAUGAAGAAGAGUCAGAAAUGGAAGAUGAUUCAGAGCCACCACCACCAAAAUCUAAAUAUUCCGAUGAAGAACGUGAAUUAUAUCGUCAAGAAUUUUUAAGUAUAAUGAAACGUAAAUUUUUAAAUGGACAAGAUUUGAAUAUAGAUUAUUCAUCAAUUGAUAAUAAUCAAGAUUAUGAUGAAGUUGAAAUAUAUGGACAAGAUGAAGAAGAAAAAUAUUUUGAUAAAGAAAAUCCGUAUACUUACGACGAACAACUUGAAAAUGGCGACGAAGAUUUUUCAUCAAGUCGCCAGUCAUAA